ACUUACCGCUCUUUAUCAGAAUGCUGGGCCAACUUGUCGGAUCAGUCAUGCUUUUGGUCGCGACUGCGAUCUUUCUCUACUACACUGCGUGGACCCUGUUGAUGCCCUUCGUCGACCCAGGCCACCCUCUCCACGACCUCUUCCCGCCCCGUGUUUGGGCCAUCCGCAUCCCCGUCAUCCUCACACUUUUGGGUUCUGCCGUGGUGGGCACCUUCAUUGGAAUUGUCAUGAUCAACAGCAAUAAGAAGAAGGCAGCUAAGGCCAAGGCUGCGGCCAAGAAGAAGACCUAAGCGACUGUGGAC